AGCCGGACUUCAGCUGUCAGAGCCCCGGCCGCGGCGAUCGUGCAUCGUGCUGAACGGUGGCCGCACCGCAACCCGGGCCGGAGCGCAGAAGCCGACGGGGCCCGGCCGGGAUGGUGCAGCGGCAGAUCCACGGCGCAUACACGCACUGAGUGGGCCCAAGCUGGGCCGCGCGUCCCCCGCGCCCCCCGCCGCCGCGAUCCCGGCCGGCAUGAUGUGCCUGGAAUGCGCCUCGGCGGCGGCGGGCGGCGCGGAGGAGGAGGAGGCGGACGCGGAGAGGCGGCGCCGGCGCCGGGGGGCGCAGCUGGGAGCUGGCGGUGGUGGUUGCUGCGGGGCGCGGGCAGCGGGCGCCGUUGGAAUCGUGGCCGCCGACGAUGAGGUGCAGACGCUGUCGGGCAGUGUGAGAAGGGCCCCGUCGGGACCUCUCAGCUCCCCCAGCACCCCCAGCUGCGCAGCCGCUGCCAAGGGCCCCGGCGCGCAGCAGCCUAAACCCGCCAGCUUGGGCCGCAGGCGGGGGGCAGCCGCCGCCAUCCUCAGCUUGGGCAACGUGCUCAACUACCUGGACAGGUACACCGUAGUAGGCGUCCUUCUGGACAUCCAGCAGCACUUCGGGGUCAAGGACCGAGGUGCCGGAUUGCUGCAGUCAGUGUUCAUCUGCAGCUUCAUGGUGGCUGCCCCCAUCUUCGGCUACCUGGGCGACCGUUUCAACAGGAAAGUGAUCCUCAGCUGCGGCAUUUUCUUCUGGUCGGCUGUCACGUUCUCCAGCUCCUUCAUCUCCCAGCAGCACUUCUGGCUGCUUGUCGUGUCCCGGGGGCUGGUGGGCAUCGGGGAGGCCAGCUACUCCACCAUCGCGCCCACCAUCAUUGGCGACCUCUUCACCAAGAACACACGCACGCUCAUGCUGUCUGUCUUCUACUUUGCCAUUCCGCUGGGCAGCGGCCUGGGCUACAUCACUGGCUCCAGUGUGAAGCAGGCAGCUGGAGACUGGCACUGGGCCUUGCGGGUGUCCCCCAUCGUGGGCAUGAUCACAGGAACACUCAUCCUUGUCCUGGUCCCGGCCACUAAGCGAGGCCAUGCCGACCAGCUCGGCGGGCAGCUCAAGGCACAGACCUCGUGGCUCCGAGACAUGAAGGCCCUGAUCCGCAACCGCAGCUACGUCUUCUCCUCCCUGGCCACGUCGGCUGUGUCCUUCGCCACAGGGGCCCUGGGCAUGUGGAUCCCACUGUACCUGUACCGCGCCCAGGUCGUGCAGAAGACGGCAGAGGUGUGCAGCAGCCCGCCCUGUGGGGCCAAGGACAGCCUCAUCUUUGGGGCCAUCACCUGCUUUACGGGCUUUCUGGGUGUGGCCACGGGGGCAGGAGCCACGCGCUGGUGCCGGCUGCGGACCCAGCGGGCAGACCCGCUGGUGUGUGCUGUGGGCAUGCUGGGCUCUGCCAUCUUCAUCUGCCUCGUCUUCGUGGCCGCCAAGAGCAGCAUUGUGGGGGCCUAUAUCUGCAUCUUUGUUGGGGAGACACUGCUGUUUUCAAACUGGGCCAUCACCGCAGACAUCCUAAUGUAUGUGGUCAUCCCCACGAGACGGGCCACCGCCGUGGCCCUGCAGAGCUUCACCUCUCACCUGCUGGGGGAUGCUGGCAGCCCCUACCUCAUCGGCUUUAUCUCCGACCAGAUCCGCCAGAGCACCAAGGACUCCCCGCUCUGGGAGUUCUUGAGUCUGGGCUACGCCCUCAUGCUCUGCCCCUUCGUCGUGGUCCUGGGUGGCAUGUUCUUCCUAGCCACUGCUCUCUUCUUCCUCAGUGACCGCGCCAAGGCUGAGCAGCAGGUGAACGAGCUGGUGAUGCCACCUGCAUCCGUGAAGGUCUGAGGCGGUGCCUCAGGAACUAUGACCGCUCGCUCCCACCUGGCCUGGGAGGUGUCCUUCAGCACCCCGGC